AUGAAUAAGUUUUAUAUUCAAAUUGUUUUUUUUCUUUUAAUCAUCGCCCUAUAUUUGAAUAAUAAAACCCUUGCAACUGAGCUUGUUCCAAAAAAAGAUAGAAAACACAAAUCAAAAAAAUUUACAAUAUUCAAUUCAAAAAAAUAUUAUCCUGUCAAUGAUAAUACACAAGAAAUAUAUGAAAAAAACAAGCACCUAUUAUAUACCGAUACCAAAGAAACUAUAAAUGCAGAAAAAUUUAUGAAAGAAGCUGUAACACAUUUAGAAUAUCAUGCUACAAGUAAAUAUGGUUAUAAAUUAUGUGAUAAAUUUUAUGAUAAUCGUAUGUAUUUUUAUAAAAAAAAACAUAAAGGGGAUACAGAUGUUGAAAAAAUUCGAUAUACAAUUGAUGAUCCGAAUAAGUAUAAUGGAUUGAUAAACAGGUUUUGGGAUCCCGAUAGUACCAAUUUUUUAUAUAAAGACUUGGUUAAAAGAAAAAUUGUCCGUGUAUAUGGUCCAAAUUUAGUAAUGAUACAGCAACGUUCCAAAAGAUGGCCGUGGUCUCGUGAGAAAUAUUUUUAUGCUAUAGCUGCAAAAUUUAAAAUAUCACCAAACAAAACUAUGAUUGUCAUGUCUUCAGCAAAUAUAAUUGAUCACAACCGUAAAAAUAAAAAAUAUUUUGAAAACAAAAUAAUAGAAAAUGCAAAUUUAUUCCAAGCUGAAAUUGAUUCUGAAGAUGAUAUUAGAAAUGGAGAAUUAGAAAAAAUGUUUGUUAACUUAAAUGGAUACAUUAUUGAAAAAAAAAACAAACAUAUUUAUAUCACCUAUAUAAACUCUAUUGUUUGUCAUUUCAUAAAUAAACAUAUAUUUAUAUAUAUUUUUCAGCACCGUAAUAUUAGAAGAUUUAUGUUAAUAAAAAUGUUUAUUUCCAUGCAUAAUAACCGCUUUAAAUUACCAUCAUAA